AGUAUUCGUGUGAAAUUUAAUGUACCUUAUAUUUGAAAGCAUUGGGUUUAGCAUGAUGGAAUGAUGAAUUUACAUUCUUUUCAUAUAGGCUGAAACAAUACUUAUUGAAGAUUUGGAUCGUGCUAUAAUGUGGGUAAAGGCACGACAAGACAAGGCUGGCAACUUCAAAGGGCUAGCAGUAAUGCAGGCUGCUUCCAAAAUUUUAAGUUCUAAAUUGAUGUUCUCACUUUGGCUUUGGGGAACCAUGAGGCUCCUGGCAAGGUACGAGGUGUUGGUAGCUUUGUCAAGCCGGCUACAUACUUUAAUCUACCAAAACGCCGAAAGGGUAGUGUAGAAGAAACUGUGAGGGCAAGUGUGAAGAGGACAUUAGCAGAGGAGAAAGAAAGUAUCAUUGCGAGCGAAAAAGCUGAGUGGAGGCAGGAGCAGGAGAAGGAACAACAUAUUGAGAGGGAAAGAGCCAUGUGGGAGGAAAGAUUUAGGAAGUUAGAAUCAAGGAUUUAUGGGAAAGAUUUGCCGGAUGAUUCACCUAAACCAGUGACAACGUUUAAUGAUAAUGGUUCUGGACAAGGCAGCUAUUCCCAGCAAAAUGAAAGAACUUUAAAGGUUUUUGACGUUGAGACCAGCAAAGCUGUGAAGAAGUUACUUUUGGGUCAUGAAGCUCCGGUUGUAGUUGAAGAGGAGGUUAUGCUGAACAGUAAGGGGAGCAAGAAAUUUAUGUCAAUUGUUGAGGAGGAGAUUAGGCCUAGAACAGUUCCCAUCAAGUUUAACUUUUGGGAAGAAGUUCCAGUACUCUCAAGUAAUCUCAAGUCAGAAUUUAAACUGGCAAUAGAUUCUUUGGACAACAUAGUUGCUUUUGGAACUAUCAUCCAAGUCGAUGUUGAAGGCACACAGUAGACUAUACAUGGUGUUCUAAUGGGAGAGGA